CCUAAAAUGGCGGAGUGCUGUUAAUCGUUGUUGAUGAUUGUUGGAUUCGUUUAAAGUCAUUUGUACAGUAUAUAAUGGAUGGUAAUAAACUAGUUUUUGUGGCAGCUACGUCAGCAACGUACAAUAUAAUUUUACAGCUAUCGAUGAGGAUAUUGACUUUUAUCUUAAAUGCAUUUAUUUUGCGUUAUAUUACUAAAGAUGUUUUGGGUGUUAUUAAUGUACGAUUGCUAUUACUCUACACCACUCUACAGUUUUUGAAUCGAGAGUCGUUCAGAAGAGCGUGUCUAAGUUCCAAACAAGCCACGUGGUCUCAAGUCAUUAAUAUGACGUGGUGCAUCGUUCCUUUAUCUAUUUUUUCCGGAAUUAUUUUUAGAUACAUAUGGUUAUAUUGGUUACUCAAGCCUGAACAUUUUGUACACGAAUAUGAUGUUAGUGUGAAUGUUAUUGUGAUAUCUGUGAUCAUAGAGAUGCUGGCAGAACCUAUUUUCAUUACAGCUCAAUAUCAUGGAUUUGUUCGACUUAGAGUUGUAGCAGAAGGUUUAGCUCUUGUUAUAAGGAGUAUUGUCAUGGUGACUCUUGUUGUCCUUUCUCCUGAAAAUGGAAUAUCUGCAUUUUCCACUGGACAGUUUUUAGCUUCAGUUGUUUAUACUUUGUUUUAUUACUUUUAUUUCUAUAUUCGUACAUUGAAAAUGUAUAAGAAUGAUUCCUUUCCAUUUUGUUCUAUUAGAGAUUUUUUUCCUAAAUUUCUUGAAGAAUCAUUCAUAGAUUGGAAUAUUUUUGUACUUACUUGGAGUUUUCUAAAACAAACUAUACUGAAGCAAUUAUUGACUGAAGGAGAAAAAUAUGUCAUGUCGAUAUUUAACAUUCUGAGUUUUGCUGAGCAAGGUGUAUAUGACGUUGUAAAUAAUUUGGGUUCUCUUGCUGCUAGAUUUAUCUUCCAGCCGAUAGAAGAAAGUGGUUAUUUGUAUUUUGCACAGAUGUUAAAGAGAGAUGAGUCAAUCAAGAAUCAAAGAAAUGAAAUAGCAAUUUGUGUAAUGAUAUUUAAAUAUUUAUUAAAAUUAAUGAUAAUUCUAGGUCUCAUUAUUCUAACUUUUGGUUACUCCUAUGCUAAAUUAUUAUUAUAUUUUUAUGGAGGAAGCAUGCUUGCUUCUGGUGUUGGUCCAACACUCUUACGUUGGCACUGUUUCUAUGUAUUGUUUUUAGCAGUUAAUGGUAUAACUGAAUGUUUUGUAUUUGCAGCAAUGAAUCAAAAUUCAAUUGAUAAAUAUAAUAGAAAAAUGCUUCUGCUAUCUUGCAUAUUUUUGAUAUCGUCAUACUUUUUGACCAAACUUUUUGGUGGUACCGGAUUUAUUAUGGCAAAUUGCUUGAAUAUGACCUGCAGAAUUUCCCAUAGUAUUUAUUUUAUCCAUAAUUAUUUUCAAGACAGUACAUUUCAGCCAUUGGGGAUCAAUAUUAAACCUUCUGUUAUAAUUGCUUUUAUUGCAUCUUUUUGUGUAACUUGUGUGUCAGAAAAUUAUCUAUGUUGUUCUAGAACCUUAAAUUGGAUAUUACAUAUUAUAAUUGGUGGAUUAUGUUUUUUAUUUGUAAUGUUUAUAAUAACAACAAAAGAAAAAUCAUUAGUUUUAUUUUUGUACAAGUUAUGGAAGAAAAAAAAUAUACUUGAAGAUNUAAAAUUUGUAUAUAUAGUCUAUUAUAUAUGUAAAAUAACAUUGUUAACUGGUCAAUGUUAUUAA